AGCUAGGGAACAGUGAGCAGCCAGUGAAGCAUCCAGCCUGCCGAACAAGCUUGCUUUUAGGGUCAGGAACUGGUCUGACAAGAGAAUGGCAAUCCUGCCUUUAAACUGUCAUUAGGACUGUAUGGUUGACGAUGAAUCCACCACAGCUCCAGGCCCAAAGGCGAAACACUGAGCAAGAGAAUGUGAAGACAUAUUUCAGGACUUUGUGAGUGCUACUAAAGAUGUCUGAUAGUGUUGAUAUUGAAGAGAAACCACCAGCCCCCCCCUUGAGAAUGAACAGUAGUUCCCGAGACUCUUCAUCAGUGAAUCACGCCUCUAAACCGCUUCCAAUGGCUCCUGAAGAGAAAAACAAGAAAGUCCGCCUGCGCUCCAUCUUCCCAGGGGGAGACAAAACGAACAAGAAGAAGGAGAAGGAACGUCCUGAGAUAUCCCUACCCUCAGACUUUGAACACACCAUUCAUGUUGGCUUUGAUGCUGUAACAGGAGAAUUCACAGGUAUCCCAGAGCAGUGGGCACGGCUCCUACAGACCUCGAACAUCACCAAGCUGGAGCAGAAGAAGAACCCACAGGCAGUGUUGGACGUCUUAAAGUUCUACGACUCCAAAGAGACUGUCAACAAUCAGAAAUACAUGAGCUUCACCUCUGGAGACAAGUCGGCACAUGGGUAUAUAGCGGCAAACACUCUGAACCGACUGCUGUCAUCUGGGCCUCCUGUCAGCCUUAGAACCUGCAGCGCAUUAUAUGACAAGGGUGCCAAAACAUCAACAACAGAGCCCCCGAUUGCACCGCCUGUAUCAGAAGAGGAAGAUGAGGAGGAAGAGGAAGAAGAGGAGGAGGAGGAAGAGGAGGAUGAUGAUGACGAAUUGCCUCCAGUCAUCGCACCUCGGCCUGAGCACACCAAAUCUAUCUACACACGCUCUGUCAUGGACCCACCAAAGCCUCCCACCCCUGUGAAAGAAGUACUGACUCCACCGGAGUCUCAGGUCCAGCCAGAGAACACAUCCAACACAAUGUACCGCCACACUGACCGCCAGAGGAAGAAGUCCAAAAUGACAGAUGAGGAGAUUCUGGAGAGACUCAGGAGUAUUGUGAGUGUGGGGGAUCCCAAAAAGAAGUACACACGUUUUGAGAAAAUAGGACAAGGGGCGUCUGGCACUGUGUACACUGCCAUCGAUAUAGCAACUGGCCAAGAGGUAGCCAUUAAGCAGAUGAACCUGCAGCAGCAGCCCAAGAAGGAGCUGAUCAUUAAUGAGAUCUUGGUGAUGAGGGAAAACAAAAACUCCAAUAUAGUGAACUACUUGGACAGUUACUUAGUGGGAGAUGAGCUAUGGGUGGUGAUGGAGUAUUUGGCCGGUGGCUCGUUGACAGAUGUAGUGACUGAGACUUGCAUGGACGAGGGCCAGAUCGCUGCAGUCUGCAGGGAGUGCCUUCAAGCGCUGGACUUCCUACACUCCAACCAGGUGAUCCACAGAGACAUAAAAAGUGACAAUAUCCUCUUGGGUAUGGACGGAUCUGUCAAGCUUACCGACUUUGGCUUCUGCGCCCAGAUCACUCCAGAGCAGAACAAGCGCAGCACUAUGGUGGGAACGCCCUACUGGAUGGCACCAGAGGUGGUGACUCGGAAGGCUUAUGGCCCAAAAGUGGAUAUCUGGUCUCUGGGAAUCAUGGCAAUUGAGAUGGUGGAAGGAGAACCGCCGUACCUGAAUGAGAAUCCUCUCAGGGCCCUGUAUCUGAUAGCUACCAAUGGGACUCCAGAGCUGCAGAACCCAGAGAGGUUGUCAUCUGUGUUCAGAGACUUCCUCAACCGCUGCCUGGAGAUGGAUGUGGACCGCAGAGACUCUGCCAAGGAGCUGCUUCAGCAUUCCUUCCUCAAGCUGGCAAAGCCCCUGUCGAGCCUGACGCCUCUGAUUGUAGCUGCGAAGGAAGCCAUAAAGAACAGCAGUCGCUAGGGUGGGCCCCCUGUCCGCACCUGAGCCCUGUCUGUGAAGUGUGCAUUCAUGGGGGCAGGGUGCUCGGGUGUACGGAUAGUGGGUGACAUAACAGUGACAGCACAGCGAGGGGGGCUUGUGUGGCUUACAGCGAGAGCACAAGAACUAAAAGCCCCCAGGCAUAAAAUGUAGGAAGGACAUCUGGCCUUGCACCCUCUGGGCCCAUGCUGCUGAAAAGACCUUGCCUCCUCAUUUACUUCUCCAGCACUCUGUACAUGUAGAGCAGUCCAUCAAAAGUAUGUGUGUGUGUGUGUGUGUGUGUGUGUUUGGGUGCGUGAUCGUGUGUGCAAACUGUGCACAUCUCUUCAUGUCUCAUGUCUUAUUUGGGAAGCAGUCGCUCUCAAAAAAAAAAAAAAAGGUGAAACUCUCAAAAUAAAGUGUGCUCAUUCUUAAGAAGAAGCUUCAGGAGUGAGGAGGAGAAACUGACAAAACAGAUUCAUCCCUGCCUACCUGUAGGCUUGGUUUUCUUUCCUCUAAUCCCUCUGUGGAGCAUGAUCAGGCAGACCUGUACCUGCACUAACCAGCUGAUGUGAGAGAGUAAAUCUGGACCCAGCCUUUGCCUGCAUGACCAUGGCUCUGUGGAGAAACACUGCUACAUCUCUGCAGAUUGUCAUAUCUCAUGGUGCCCUAUUUUUGUGUACA